CCUAGGCGAGGCAGUGGCCUUGGAGAGAGGGGGGCCCCAGAGCUAUAAAGGCUCUUGGCUGCUUCGCCUCCGGGGACAGCACUGGCCUGCCAGAGUCACAGCCUGCAGUCCAGGUGUCACACCAUGGGCCUUCGAUUCCUGCUGGCUCUGUUCCUUGUUCUCAUAGUACUGGGACACGAGGCCCAGGGGGCCCUGCUGCCCCAGACCGAGCCGUUUGCCAGCCCAACUCUACUGGUUCAGGUCCAAGAAUCCCUUUCCACGUACUGGGACACGGCCAAGGCCGCUGCGCAGGGUCUGUACGAGAAAACUUACCUGCCCAGUGUGGAUGAGAAGCUCAGGGAUAUGUACAGCAAAGGCUCAGCUGCCAUCACCACGUACGCCGGCAUCUUCACAGACCAGCUCCUCACCAUGCUGAAGGGAGACUAAAUCCAUCAUGGGGGAGGGGGAUCUGAGCCCCCUCCCCACGCCUCUGAC